AUGAGGUGUCAUGGUUGCCGGCUGCCUUCUUUGCAGCGCGCGCUGCUGCAGUGGAAUGGAGAUGAAGGCCUUUCGGCGCUCCGCAGCCUUGGGAUGGUGAUAGCUUCACUCCGCUUCCAAGGCCGGCUCUCUUUUGCUCGAAUUCGUCUGAUCAGUAGGUCGAGUUGCUGUUUCCCGUUUGACACUAAAACUGCCGUAUCUAACACCUGGCGCAGUCUCAGUGCACACUGGCCAGCACGUUCCGUCAUCUUCAUCGGAUUGCAUUCUCUUCUCAUACCUGAAGGACACGGUGGUGUCCCAUUUCUGCGCGUGACAUUUGCCAACGUGGCCAAGAGGCCACCCCUUUUGCUGCCACGGGUAUCUCGAUUCUCGAGCCACUUCGCGCUUCUUCCGCUCCGACCUUCUCACUGCACGCUCACGAAGAGCUCUACCACUCGCUGCCAAUUUGACGUUCCCGAUUCCCUCAUACUCUUGCAACAAUGCCCACCUCUCCGCAGGCCGAUAGCACCGAGCCCGAGACCACUGCGAUCACCGACCCGACCGAGCCACCAAGCUGCAUUGCCUGCGAAAGCACCACGAGGAGAGUAUGGACUUGCAUCCAGUGCGGUUUCAACUUCUGCGAUGAUUGCUGGGGAAAAGAACGUCCUCACAAGCCCCGCGUCAUGGGCACCGGCGGCCGUCCCCACGAAAAGGUCAAUCUUGGGUGUGGCCAAGCGCCUCGAAUAUAUCUUCCGCAACAAGGAGGUUGAGGACCUAGACGGAGAGUUUGCCAUAGAUGCGAAGAACAAGUGGUUCGGCAUAGAUCAGGGUAGCGAUGGGUUGACGUUCAACUACACAGAUCGCUUGACCGACCUCAGCAUACUGGAGAGUAACGACCACAAUGCCGCUGAUCGCUUCCCACAUCUGGUUUUAUUUGUUGGCAAGAUCGGUACGUCCUCAUUAUCAAAGACAGUAUGGAUCGAGAUACCUACUGAUACUUGA